GUAUGUUUAUAAAAUAAACGAAUAAGUAAAUAAACGAAAUGAAUGAAAAGCCUAUCAACUAAUUGGGUUGUGUCGAAGACGAUCGCAUACUGAAGGAGGGAAAGCAGGAAAGUUUGGUUGAAAUAGCGUGGAAACUUCAUUCAUCUUACAGAUGGAUAAUGAUAAUGAUUUCACUUUUUGCCAGGUUGGCUCACCUGGCAACCAGGAUGGUCUUGAGACAAAGAAGCUCACUUCAGAUAUAGAAAAUAUUGCCAUAAAAGAUGGAUUGUCAAAUGGCACUAAUAGUAAUCAGAAUAGAGGUUUUCUGUGGCAAAGUGGAUUGCCAUUAGGUGCCACUUCUGAAAAGCAGGAAACAGUUGGUUCUCUUUCUGUCAGUGUUAUUGAUGCGUCAUCCACGAACCGAAAAUCUGAAUUACCAAAACAACCAUCGUCAGGAGGUGCUGGGAAGUCAGUGAAGCCUGUACCUCGUGCCAAAGUUCCUUUUGAGAAGGGGUAUAGCCAAAUGGAUUGGCUCAAGCUUACUCGAACACAUCCUGACCUUGCAGGUUUAAAGGGACAGUCAAAUAAGAGGCUGAUUUCAAUAAAUGAAGUUAAACAACACCAAAAAGGGGAUUCAAUGUGGACUGUUCUAAAAGGUCGUGUGUACAAUUUGUCUCCUUACAUGAGAUUUCACCCUGGAGGUGUUGAUAUGCUAAAGAAGGCGGUAGGAAAAGACUGUACAUCUUUAUUCAAUAAAUACCAUGCUUGGGUGAAUGCUGAAUUUUUACUUGAGAAGUGUCUUGUUGGUACUCUAGACGAUGGCGAAGGGCAACAUUCCAAUCAUUAGAAAUUUUGAGCCUGUUCAUCAUACAGGCAGAUUGGUACAGCAAUUUAUUUUUCAAUUCAAAUUUUAUCAAGCGAACGUCAUAUUAUCAUACCAGAAAAUAAUACAUUUUUACUCUAGAACUAGACUUUCUCAUUCACUGUUGUACCAUGUUGUCAAAUUCAGAUUCUGUUGUAUAUUAUAAUUUUCGUAAUAAGAUUCGUGCUUUAGGGCUCUAUGGUUUGUG